GUCGGCGCGGCUGUGGGAAAGCACAGCGGAGCCGGGACUGCUCAGGUGGAGCAGGCCCCCCAGCCAGCGCAGACCCGGAGGCGCGCGGGCGACGCACCACACGGUUCGGCGCAGGGCAGAACGGAGCCGCACCCGCUCGCGCCGCCCGGGACCCACCUCGCCAUCGCCGCUCCCGCAGCACCCAUGGGGACCAGGAGACUUUAAAGGAGUUUUGGGUUUCGAGAGCAGGGAAAUCACCGAUCCCCGCUCCGGGCCCUCGUCUCGCCGCGUCAUUGAUGGGCAACCAACUGGACCGCAUCACUCACCUCAACUACAGCGAGCUGCCCACCGGGGACCCGUCGGGAAUCGAGAAGGACGAGCUCAGAGUCGGGGUCGCCUACUUCUUCUCAGAUGAGGAAGAGGACCUGGACGAGCGCGGGCAGCCAGACAAGUUUGGCGUGAAGGCCCCCCCGGGCUGCAACCCCUGCCCAGAGAGCCCCGGCCGCCACCACCACCACCUGCUGCACCAGCUGGUCCUCAACGAGACUCAGUUCUCCGCCUUCCGAGGCCAGGAAUGCAUCUUUUCCAAAGUGAGCGGCGGCCCUCAGGGCGCGGACCUGAGCGUCUCCGCGGUCUCGGCGCUGCCCGCGCUCUGCGAGCCGGGCGACCUGCUGGAGCUGCUGUGGCUGCAGCCCGCGCCAGAGCCGCCCGCGCCCGCCCCGCACUGGGCUGUCUACGUGGGCGGCGGGCAGAUCAUCCACCUGCACCAAGGCGAGAUCCGCCAGGACAGCCUGUACGAGGCGGGCGCGGCCAACGUGGGCCGGGUGGUGAAUAGCUGGUACCGCUACCGCCCGCUGCUGGCCGAGCUGGUGGUGCAGAACGCCUGCGGUCACCUGGGCCUCAAGAGCGACGAGAUCUGCUGGACGAACUCGGAGAGCUUCGCUGCCUGGUGCCGCUUCGGCAAGCGGGAGUUCAAGGCGGGCGGGGAGGUGCCGGCUGGCACGCAGCCGCCUCAGCAGCAGUACUAUCUCAAGGUGCACCUGGCGGAGAACAAAGUCCACACGGCCAGGUUUCACAGCCUGGAAGACCUCAUCCGCGAGAAGCGCCGCAUCGACGCCAGCGGCCGUCUGCGAGUGCUGCAGGAGCUCGCUGACCUCGUGGACGACAAGGAGUAGCCGCGCAGGGGCUGCCUGUCCGCCUGUCUCCCCGCACCCCGCUCCCUUCCCGUCCCCGCCCUCGGGCUUCUCGGCCAGCGAUUCCCGCCCUCCCUCCGCCCCGUCGCGCGUCGGCCGCGGUGACCAGCGUCCAGGCUGCGCUCUCGCACCCUUCCAGCCAGUGACUGAAGUCUCAGGAACCGACCCCGGGGCUGGAAGGGCUCAGCGGCGCGCGUCUGGCUGAGAGCCCCAGUGGCGGUGUUAGCAGACCCAGCGUACGCUUGUUCCUUGAGUUGUAAGGGGGGUGAAGGGAAAUGGGCUGAGGGGAGCAAGGACACGGCCUCGCUCGCGAGUCAGUGGUCAGUAACUGUCACGCUACCGGGACACAACCCUUCACUAUAAAGGGGCUAUCACCAUCCCAAACGCGCAUACACAAACCGGUCGGAGGCAAGAAGUGGUCUUUUCAGGACACAGUUCAGCUCUUGUAUAGAUGUAUCUAUCCCCAGAUCGCAGGAUUUUCAAGAAAUUGAGCCUGUCCCUGUGUGCUUGUGAAUAAUUCCACAACAGAGCACUUCGGGACUCCGGGUUAUCCUGAGGCUGCGCGGGACCUUUCCAGCUCUCCAGCCCCAGGUCUCCCGACUUUGCGCUCCAGGCUCCGGGCUCAGCUAGCUGGGGUUUGCCUCCUGUUCUUUCCACCGCGGGAAGUGAACGCCACCCCCACCCGCAUUUUGCCUGUGAGUCUCCCUAGCUGGUGCAGGAGAAGCCUUCCCAGUCCCGGGAGGAAAAUGGCGCAGCUAAUUUGGUGAGGAUGCCGGCCUCGCCCCGCCCCCAAAAGGAGGUAGUUCGCCAGGUGACUGGGAACUUGUACGAAAGAAGAAAGGCAUUUAGUGUUCCAAACCCUAGGGCAGCAUUUUAAAAAACAGUCAUAUUUUUAAAGGGGUUGGAGGUGGGGGAGGGAGAGGACAUGGCAACAUUCCAGAAACCAGCAUUAUUACAACACCAUAGCCAGUAUGUUUAGUUUGGCUUUUCCUAACAUAGAAAUCAUAGAAGGUGGGGAAGUGGAAAUAAAGUUUUCAAAAUGAGAGAGCAGUUUUCCAGCUAUGUCAACAAAGCCUAUCGUGUUGAUGUCUUUAUUGACCAUUUUAGCAACAUGCUAAUAAAAUUUCAAAUUGAAAUUUUUAUUUUCAUGGCUUUAAUCCAUGAUAGUUUAAAUACUGGGGGCCAUUAAGAGUGGACUUAGCUAAGAGCUUAGCUAACAUUGCCUUUUCACUCUGUUUUUCUCAAGUCUUAUGAGAAUUCUGUUUUUGACUAUUGUAGUUAUUUUGUUAUUAUUAUUACUUUUGGCUUUAAACAGCAGCCCAGCCCUAGUAGUGGUGGAGUUUUUAAUCACUGUGUAUAUUGUACUGAAUUUCUGUCAGUUAAAGGGUUUACUGCUUUGAUGGAAAUUGCUAGCAAGUUCCAUGAUGUUUCUUUUCUCCAUGUUGUAUGUCAUUAGUAUUUUACAUUGCCUUUCUAUUUUUCUUCCUCUCCAACCAAUCUCUUUAAAAACAAAUCUAGAAUUGGUGGCUCUAUUCCCCUCCUCCUUAGCCAGUCCUACAGCUCAGUUUGUCCUGAAACCAGGGAAGUACUUGUAGGAUCAGGACAAAUGUGUGUUUUUCAAAAAAUUAAGGCUGGGUGAAACCCCUUCCUUGGGCAACGAUUUCCAAACUUCUCUUGUGCUGCAGCCCCAGCCUGACUUACUGUUACUUGAUUCCGUGUGUUAGACACCUAUUGUAUCUGUGUCUCUUUCAAGGGAAUUUGUUAAACAAUGCCGUUUAGUUAAUUGUAGCAAGUAAUUGCAUACUGAGAGCUGUGAUUUAGUUGGACAGCAAAUAUUAUGGCCAAAGCCAGUUUCUUGGCAUUUCAAAAAUAAUGCAAUAAAAGCUAGUCAAGGUUAGCUGAGACUGGAAAUGCCUUUUUCAUGGUAAAUCAUUCAUUUCUAUUUUCUUUUUUCCUUUAUUUUUUUCAUCCUGGAUUCAUUCCCUAAUCUUGAAUCAAAAGGUCACAUCAAUGAAAUAUGAACUAAAGUAUUUUUCUUAAGCCUAUCGAGUGAUUUAUUUUUUAAAAAACGUGUAAAUGCGUAUGAUUUUCUUUCAGCACAAACAACAAGCAAAAUUUUGUAAUAACUAACCUACCUUUGCAUGUAUGGAGAACUGAAAGUCUCCAUUUAUUUCCCUAACUAUCCCUCUUUGGAAAUAACAGAUGGCAGAUGAUCAACUACAAAUCUUUAUUGUGUCUAGACACUCCACGUUCUCCACUGUGCCCUACUACUGUAUCUUGGCUCCCUGCUGUAUUAAACACCAUCUUAAGCAAUUGUU